AUUUUAAUAGAAGAUGCCUUAGCUUGGAUGCGAAGUCGUUGAACUUACCAAUCUUUCAUUAUCCAUAUAUCUUAAUCAGCAUGAGGUAUUUUUUGCCAUUUCACAUUCUCAAUUCUUGACAAAUUAGUAAUUUUAUUUUUGCAGAAUUUAAGAAAGGCCAAAUCAUGAAUUAAGAACUUGCUACCUGAGCCUGAUGACAAAGCAAAGGACAGAAAAAUAUUCAAUAUCAAUUUUCUUCAGAAUCUAUCCAAAAAUGUUUUUGUUGGGUCUCACGAAUUUUCUCCAUUGAGCUCAUCUGAUUACAAUUUAAUUGGCAUUUGAAAAGUCCAACUGGCGGCCAACCAGGAACCAAUUAAAUCACUAGACUGGGGGUAGAACGCCAACUCUUUUACCAAAUGUAUCCCAUUUUUUCCAAGUCUGUGCACUUACUCAAACAGAGAUACCCCUCCUUUUCCCCUUCAUUUUUCUCUUUGAAUAGCUUUUCAAAUUGUUCAAACUUCAAAGUCCAAUCCCUUAUAUAGGAGUGAGCCUUAUCAACACGGUACUGUAUGACCAUCCAGCCAAAGCCAAAACCCUUUUCUUCUUGAUUUCUCCAAUUCUCCUAACCAUUUCAUCAGUCAUAAUUUGCUAAAGAUCAUAGUUUUAGCACAGAAAAAGAUGAGCCAAGGUGAGGAUAUUGCUUAUGAUUUGGUAUUGGUUCUUCUCUCAAUCUCUCUUUUCAUUCUUGGUAUCGUUCUGAUCAUCAUCUGCAUAAAGAAACCAGUAAAAUCUGAUCAAAAACAAGAACUUCCCAUCAAGCUUUGCGCAAUCUCAUAUCAAUUAACCGAUAUAGAUGCCGCUACAGAUGGCUUUAACCAUAGAAGAAUCAUCGGUAAAGGACGUUUAGGUACUGUUUAUGCAGCCACAUCACCAAGAGGAGAGCUUGUUGCGGUGAAAAGGAUACAUCCACGGCUGGUUUUAAGCAAUGCUGGAUUCGGAUUUGCUUCAAUAAUCAAAACACUUUCUUUAGCUCAACAUCCUCACAUAGUCCCCAUUAUAGGGUUUUCACAAGCACCAGGUGAGAGAAUUAUUGUAAUGGAGUUUGUUGGUAUGGUUAAUUUGGAUUUUUAUUUGCAUGAAAACUCCGAUGGUGCAUCAUUAUUAGAUUGGAACCGGCGUUUAAGGGUUGCAGCAGGGGUGGCUAGAGGAAUCGAGUAUUUGCAUGAAGGGUUGGCACCAAAUAUAAUACAUGGAUGUAUUAAGGCAUCAAACAUAUUAUUAGAUGUGAAAUUUGUUGCUAAAUUAUGUGAUUAUGGGCUAUCAUUUUUGGCACCCAAAGAGAAGAGGGGGCUUGUGGGGUAUGUAGAUGAUGAGUAUUGGGUCGAAAGAGGAGGCGGUGCUUGCAAGGAAAACGAUGUUUAUGGUUUUGGGGUGGUUUUGUUAGAGAUUUUGACAGGGAGAAGAAGUGAAGAAGGGUUGCUUGUUAGAUGGGCGUUGCCAUUGAUUAAGGAGAAAAAGUUUAGUCAAGUUUUGGACCCCAGACUUGUCAUUCCUUCGGACAUAAAGCCUCUUGUUAGACUAGCUAAAGUUGCUUCAGCUUGUGUUGGUAAUUACAGAAAAGACAGGCCUUCUAUUUCUCAACUGGUAACCAUUUUGAAUAAUUUGGAAACUGAGGUCUGCCAUUAAAGUAUUACCGUUCUUUUUGGGAGAGUCUAAGUUGGAAAUAUUGGGUUAGCUUUUGACUUUGAUCAUCAAAAAGCUAAAUCAGAUUGAACACACGUGGGGUGUCUACAAAAUGGGUGUAAGAUAGAGUUGGCCAAUGAGGAAGAACUUCGUGCAGAAAUAUUGAAAUGGAAAGAUCAAAAAGAUGGAGGUGGGGGGGGGCGAGGGGGUUCAAUGGCGGUGAUUGUUAAUCUUUGUUUCCGUGUGGAAAUGGGGGAUCUUUUUGGUGGUGAAAGGGUCCCCUUUCUUCCUUUUAUCAGUAGAUUUUCUUUCAAUCACUUCCUUAUUUUGUGUUAUCCUUUUUGUCUUGUCAUGGCUCCAUCAUUUGACUAAAAGUUCUACUUUGUAAAUCAUUAGCGAAUAAUUUGUGUUUAGUAAAAAAAAUAGUUGUACAAUUUGUUUAUAAAAUUAUUUUUUUGGACCCCAUGUCAUGUUGAUCGAGACCAUUAUAUCUCCCUCCAAUUAUUCUUGUCCAAAAAAUCCAUUA